AGGGAGAGAGAGAAUUUGAAUCACAAGACAGAGCUGUAAAUUAGUCAGCAUGUUUGAUUUAAGUAACCAGUGUGUGUCAACGAACAUGCACAGACUAGUUUUGAGGAAACCCCCACGUACUAAAUUUGAGUGGGCGUAGGGAAGUGAAUUAUGUUUGUGUGUGUAUAUAUAGUGGAUCCAAACAGCAGUCAACGGCAGAAAGCUCUCACUGGACGAGUCGAUAUGAAGCCGUCUUCGGUUGUCAAAGCUUUCGGAUAUCUGUGUCUGCUGGUUGCAGAUGGAUUUCCAGUUCCUCAGGAUGAAUCUCCAAAGAUCAUCGGGCCACAUCGCGUCAAAGUGAAAGCUCAUCCAGGGGAGCAGCUGUUUCUUCACUGUGAAGCGUUUACAAACUGUAAGGAUGUGACGCUCAUCUACUGGCUCGUCAACGGCUCUUUCCCCGAAGACCUGCUCAGCAGCGGCAGAAUAUUAGAGUCAGAGGAAUCGACUUUGGAUAACGGUGCGAUCCUACAGAGGAGUUUGAUGUUGAAGAAUGUCACGUCGGAGGACCUCAAAUCCACCUUCACCUGCGUUGUGACGAACGCCUCCGGAAUGGUCCAAAAGAACAUAGUGUUAGUGGCAAGAGGAAAAAGGAGAAGACACUGAAUUGUGGGAUGCUCUGUGCCACGUUUCACUUGCCAAUUAACUCAUAUUUUACAAGAAUCAAAUGGAUCUGUGAAUGUACUAUCAUUGUACUGUUUCAUGGGAGAACUGUGCCAAUCAAAUGAAGAAAUGUAACAAACUUGAGGUGCGUUUGGUUCCAGAGUAGUACGUUGUUUCUUCUCAGAUUGUUUCCCAUCAAUGAUGCCAAAAGUGACUCAUUGUGAUACUCUGGGAAGGAAGCACUUUAUAGGCGAAAGCAAACACAAACUGGAGCACAUUGUUUCUUUCUCCUAAUAUAAAUUUGACGCAGCAUUUUGAGGAUAGUCCUCCUUAUCCAAGGAAACAAUGUCCAGAGGCAACAUUUAAUGUUGAACUGAAUGCACCUUAAAUUAAUGUAUUUUAGAUGACUAAAGAAUAAAUAUAGAAUAUUUUAUUUCUAGGGUAUUUACUAUGUUUGUGUAUCAUUCCAGUGUCUGCCAUCUUAUAUGUGUAAACUUUUGAAACGUAUAAAAAUAUGCUCCACGAUGAGACAAAGUAUGAUGGAAUCCUGUGGUUGUUUCCCUCAAGAUUUAUUGUUAGUUGUUUUCAACGGUUAUCAGCAACCGGUACUUUCAGCGAUGAGAGAAAUUAGAGUAGCGAUACUUUUUAGCUAUGUAGGAUUCUCAGCUCUUCAAUGUGAAUAUACUGCAUUACACACAUAAAUGAUAAACAAUAUCAAGCACAAGCUGGCAACACAAUUAACAAAUGAAUAAUGAUCACAAAAAAAUAUUUGAUUGUAUAAAAACAGGAAAAAAAAUGGAACUCUCAAAAUAAGGCCCCUUAUUAUUGUUAAGCGUCUUUAACACACCUUGAAUCUGCAUUCUCUUGAAAGAUUCUGUCUCCACGUCUUUGGUACAUCCGUGUAACUUAAGUAGCGAUUAGCUUCAUUAGUGUAUAUGUUGGUUGAAUAGGAGAGAACCGUGUUUCUCCGUCAGGCACAUGUCGAACAGUUUUCCUCCAUCUGGAGUUCAUUGGAAGCCUUGAUGGUUAUUUUGAAUCAAAAUUUAAUUUUGCACAUAGAUCAGCGUUUUAAAAGAGUCUGCUCAAACGGAUGUGGUCUCUGAGGCUCACGACUUCAGCUCUUCCAGGCA